AUGGAGAACACAGAUUCCGCACAAAGCGUACGAGUUGCCGUCAACGUUCGUCCAUUGAUCACAUCGGAGCUUCUCAUUGGUUGCACCGAUUGCAUUUCUGUUGUUCCCGGCGAACCUCAGGUGCAAAUUGGAUCUCAUUCGUUCACGUAUGAUUAUGUAUAUGGUAGCACAGGACAAUCUUCGUCUGCCAUGUACGAUGAUUGUGUCGCGCCGCUUGUUGAUGCACUCUUCAAUGGAUAUAAUGCCACUGUACUUGCAUAUGGUCAGACUGGCUCUGGAAAAACAUACACUAUGGGCACGGAUUACAAUGGAGAGGGAAGUAGUGGUGGGAUUAUACCCAAAGUCAUGGAGACCAUAUUCUCAAGAGUUGAGACUAUGAAGAACUCUAUAGAGUUUUUGAUUAGAGUAUCAUUUAUUGAGAUAUUCAAGGAAGAGGUUUAUGAUUUGCUUGAUCCCAAUUUUUCUAAAGGAGAAGUAACACCUACUCCAAAGAUCACUCUGCCUAGUAGAGUUCCUAUACAAAUCAGAGAAACUUUACAUGGAGGAAUAACACUUGCUGGUGUGGCUGAGCCCGAAGUUAAAACAAAAGAAGAGAUGGCAUCAUUUCUCGCAAGUGGUUCAUUGUCACGUGCAACAGGCAGUACUAACAUGAAUAGUCAAUCGAGUCGCUCACAUGCUAUAUUCACAAUCACUAUGGAGCAAAAGAAGGGUGAUGAUAUCUUAUGUGCCAAAUUUCAUUUAGUGGACCUAGCCGGUUCUGAACGUGCAAAACGAACUGGUGCAGAUGGCAUGCGUUUAAAAGAAGGAAUUCAUAUCAACAAGGGUUUAUUGGCGCUCGGAAAUGUAAUUAGUGCUUUGGGAGAUGAGAAAAAGCGAAAAGAAGGAGGACACGUGCCUUACCGUGAUAGCAAAUUAACACGACUUUUGCAGGAUUCUCUUGGAGGAAACAGCAAAACAGUGAUGAUAGCAUGUGUUAGUCCUGCUGACUCGAAUGCUGAAGAGACACUGAACACUUUAAAAUACUCAAACCGUGCUCGGAACAUUCAGAACAAGGCAACCAUUAAUCGUGAUCCAGUGGCUGCUCAAGUGCAGACAAUGCGGAAUCAAAUAGAGCAGUUGCAAGCUGAGCUUUUAUUUUACAGAGGCGAUGCAAGUGGACCAUUUGAUGAGAUUCAGAUUCUUAAACACAAAAUAUCCUUACUCGAAGCAAGUAAUGCCGAACUAAAACAGGAGCUAAAAAGGCAGCAAGUAACUUCUGAGAGUUUAGUACAACGCGCUCUUGAUGCCCAGGUUGAAAGAGACCGACUGAUUCUUAAAAUAGAAUCAGUUCGAAACGGUAAAUCAUGGGAUGAGGUUGACUCAAAUUCAAAUCAGGAUUAUGAUCUAGUGAAAUCUUAUGUGUCAAAGAUCCAAAUUCUGGAAAGGGAAUUGCUACAUCUGAAAACCCCAAAAUCCAUGAGUUCCAGCCAUCUUGUUGAAUGUUCUGAUUAUGAUGACGAUGAAUAUGGGUUUCCGUCUGAGUGUAAUGUCAAAGCUGGGGACUUACCAGAUGAUAUGGAAGAUGAUGAAAAGGAGCUAGAGCACUCGUCUCUUCAAGAAAAGUUGGAUAAAGAGCUCAAAGAAUUGGAUAGGAAACUUGAACAAAAGGAGGCUGAAAUGAAGUUGUACAGUAAUUCUGAUACUUCCGUUAUCAGGCAUCAUUAUGAAAAGAAACUCCUUGAGAUGGAACAAGAAAAGAAAAUUUUGCAGAAAGCAAUUGAGAAUCAUAAGUUCAAUCUCACAAAUAUUUCAUCCACAUCUGAUGACGGUUCUCAAAAGUUAAAGCAAGAUUACUUUCAAAAAUUGAAUUCUCUUGAGGCACAGGUAUCUGAACUGAAGAAAAAAGAAGAAACUCAGGCUCAACUCUUGAAACAAAAACAGAAGACUGAUGAGGCUACAAAACAACUUCAAGAUGAGAUCCAAAGAAUUAAAGCCCAAAAGGUUCAACUUCAGCAUAAGAUUAAGCAGGAGUCUGAACAAUUCCGGUUAUGGAAAGUUACUCGUGAAAAAGAAGUUCUCCAGCUUAAGAAAGAAGGCAGAAGGAACGAAUACGAGAUGCAUAAGUUGCAAGCCUUGAAUCAGAGACAAAAGAUGGUACUGCAAAGGAAGACAGAAGAAGCUUCCAUGGCCACAAAAAGGCUGAAAGAACUUCUGGAAUCUCGAAGGGCUUCCUCACGUGAAACUAUGGGUGUUGGAGGAGGGAGUGGUCCUGGAGUUCAGGCUUUGAUGAAGGCAAUUGAGCAUGAGCUUGAAGUCACUGUCCGAGUGCAUGAAGUUCGUUCCGAAUAUGAACGUCAAAUCCAAGAGAGAGCUAAAAUGGCCGAGGAGAUGACCAAGUUAAAGGAAGCAGCAGAAUUGAUGAGCCAAAAUAAUACCAGUGAUUCCCCCAUAUCAAUGUCCUCUGGUGCAAGAAAUUCUAGGAUUUUUGCCCUUGAAAACAUGCUUUCAACAUCUUCCGCAACUCUAGUGUCUAUGGCUUCCCAGUUGUCAGAGGCAGAAGAGUCUGAACGGGGUUUUAGUGGCAAAGGACGUUGGAACCAUGUCCGGUCUCUUGCUGAUGCCAAGAAUCUGAUGAAUUAUUUGUUCAAUAUAGCAUCUUCCUCCAGAUGUUCAUUGCGAGAUAAAGAAGUAAUUUGCAGAGAGAAGGACAUGGAAAUAAGAGAACUGAAAGAAAAGCUAGUAAGGCUAAGUUACUCACUUCGACAGUUGGAAAUGAUAAAUGCUGAGCUUACUCAUAAACUGAAAUUGCAGAGUGCUGCUUUGCAAAGAUACUCAGAAUAUCCAGGGAAUUCAGAAUAUUCUGACUUGAAUGUUGGAGGUCACAAUUAUGACUUGCGCAAACAGGAACUCCAGCAGUCUACCCUUCUACAGGAGGACAUGGAUAUAUCCAACGAGACAGAAUCAGAUGAUUAUGAUGUGGAGGAAACAGAAGAUGAGUGGAAAGAAUCAGGAAAGUUAAGGCCUGAGAAAAGAAAAUCUAAUAGCAGACGUUCAGAAGAUUUCAAAGACAAUUUAAGUAAUAGACUUGGAGGUGCACUUGGGGAAGCAACAUCAGGUAUUUGCUGUUCUUGUAGCAAAAUCUCAGCAUGCAAGACAAUGAAAUGCGAGUGCAAAGCUAUGGGAAAUAGUUGUGCGAGUUCUUGCAGCUGCCUAGCAACCAAGUGUGGUAACAGAGCAUCAUUCUUAAAUGAGUCACAUGAGCCAAUACAAUCCGAAGUACUUCUUGUUACUCAAGGUGCAGAAUUACUUCAGGAAGCACUAGCUGAUAGGCCCGCCGAGGCAAACAAUGGUCAAGGCCCCAGAAAACCUCUCUCUGACAUAGGAAAUACACAGGUCAAAUCAAAUGAUCAUGGAAUUCAGAAAAAGAAAUGGCAGAGAGCCACUAUAAUUCUUAUUCCGGAUCAACCACCACCUCCCAUACAACCACGGAACUCCCAAGUCUCCAAAUCCAAGAAACAAAUUUACAUGAACAACGUCAAUGAACAAAACAUUGCUGCCAACACACCACUAAAAUUGCCCAGGUCUAAACCGGAAUAUGCUGCCUCUGCCCCCAAGGCAGAGCGUUGUUUUGUGGAGCCAGACUCACCCUUGAAAAUAUCAAGGAGUGCGCGAAAGGCAUCAUCAUCGAAUGGUGGCGGGCCAUUGUGGGACAGGAAUGCUUCUGGUAAGUCAGAUGAAUCUGUCAGUAAGGAGCCUGAAGUUUUUGAAGAUAGAAGAAGGCCACGACAGAAAAAAACACAGGAGGAGAAAGAGAACAGCAGACGCUGA